UAAUGUUUUCUUAUUGGAAACGACAGGCAGUGGUCUAUCUUGGUUUAGAUAUACAUCUUUGGUUACAUCUCUCAACUGCGUUGCUUCCUGUUUCGUCGCUUAAAUGUGACAUAAAUUGAAAAAUACGUGACGUUAGUAAGAGACACAACCAGAAAGUAGUUGUACACAAAGAAGUGUUGUUCAAAUAUUUAUCAUGCAUAUUCAUUGUAAGCAGUAGUUCCUAGUCCAAAACAACCACAUUUCCCUGGAUGGAACCGGAGAAAGCUUCGAAUGAUCUGGAAAGCAGAAGUCAUUCGAUAGGAUUAUCGACACCGUUGUUUAAAUGUUGAAAACACAUCGUUUUGAAGACUGCAGAGCCUCGCAGUGAAUCCCUGACCAGCUGUCCUCCCUGACCGUGUCCACAACCAUGGCGAUCCUGUUUGCGGUGGUUGCCCGCGGCAGUACCGUCCUGGCGAAGCAUGCGUGGUGUGGCGGUAAUUUCCUGGAGGUGACAGAACAGAUCCUAGCUAAGAUACCAUCCGAGAACAACAAGCUCACCUACAGCCAUGGCAGCUAUCUCUUCCACUACAUCUGCCAUGACAGAAUCAUAUACCUCUGUAUCACUGAUGAUGACUUUGAGCUCCGUGCGUUCACGUUCCUGGGAGAGGAGAAGCGUUUCCAGACCACGUAUGGUUCCAGAGCUCAGACAGCUCUUCCCUACGCAAUGAACUCAGAGUUCUCCUCCACUCUGAUGGCUCAGAUGAAGCACCAUUCCUGUCCUCCAUCAGAUCGCCUGGCUGAGACUCAGCUGCAGGUUGACGAUCUGAAAGGCAUCAUGGUGCACAACAUCGACUUGGUGGCUCAGAGGGAGGAAGUUGGAGUUGCUGAUGAUAAAACAGAGAACCUGGUCGGCUCAUCUGUGAGUUUUAAGACCACCAGUCGUAACCUGGCCAGAGCUAUGUGUAUGAGAGAACUCAAACUGACUGUCGUCGUGGUGGUGGUGUCAUUGGUAGUACUGUCUGUCUGUUCACCUGUGUGUGUGUGUGUAAAUAGUCUGAACUAUGUUCUGUGUUCUCGUCAGGUGGUCCUGUAUGUAGUUGUGUCUGCAGCCUGCGGAGGACUCAGCUGGCCCAACUGCAUCAGGAAAUAAGAAGGGGGCGAACGGGGGAGAAGAGGGGGAGGACGAGGAGAGAGGGGGAGGAAAAGAGGAAGCAAGAGAAAGAAGACAAGAGCGGACCCACAGGGAAAAGAAUCCCUCUUCUCCUCCUGUCUCUCCUCUUGUCUUCCAGUCAGCAGGGAGGAGAGUGUCUUCUAUUGGACAGGAUGGUGACACCACAAGGCAUCCAGAUAGUGGAGAUUUAACAACGUUGUGAUUGUCUUGCUUUCUGUUCCUAAACAAGAGAAUGAGGUGUGUUUAUCUGUCCAAAGACUUGUGAUUGUUGGAUAUGCAGCCUGAAGAUAUUGUGCUAGUGGAAUUCAGGAAGUCCUCCAUACUGUCCUCCAGACCAUGGUCCUCACCCAGGGCUCUACAGGCCUAACAAACAGCUGUCCUCCAUACUGUCCUCCAGACCAUGGUCCUCUCAUCCAGGGCUCUACAGGCCAAACAGCUGUCCUCCAUACUGUUCUCCAGUCCAGACCAUGGUCCUCUCAUCCAGGGCUCUACAGGCCUAACAAACAGCUGUCCUCCAGUCCAGACCAUGGUCCUCUCAUCCAGGGCUCUACAGGCCAAACAGCUGUCCUCCAUACUGUCCUCCAGACCAGACCAUGGUCCUCUCAUCGUGCUGUAGAGGGAUGGCCAACCCAACCCAGGUCCUGGAGAGAUACUGGCUGUGCAGGCUUUUGCUCCAACCUUACCCCUCUCCAGCUCCAGAUUGUCCCCCCCAGUCAGUCCAGCAGAUUAAGCCACUGGACCAGCAUGCAUCUGUACCCAGACAUAGACAUUUAGAUGUCUGUAAUAUGUCUCUCUGUGUACCUGUAAGUAGGGCUGGGCGAUAUGGCCAAUACAUCAUAUCAUGGUAUUUUUCACAUUUGUG